AGUCUAUUUUUAAAUAUUUGUUUCAUCGGGGCCCAAUAGUUAGAAUGUCUGAGUGUGCACAUUUUUUUGUUAUAUUUAUUUAUCUCCUUUCUUCGUCACUAAAUUGAAAUAAAAAUAAGCUUCUCUCUCUCUGCUAUGCUGAGAAAUGCUCGCCGCUUGAUCAAACUGUCCUACGCCUCGGCGAUCGCCGCCACGUGUAUCUCCUCCACACCCCGAUUCGCCUCCGCUUCUUCUUCUUCAGCUUCCAACUCAGUCUCCGCCAUGGCCGACCUCGAAACCCUAAAGACCAGGGUCUGCAUCAUCGGAAGUGGUCCAGCUGCCCACACCGCUGCCAUUUACGCCGCUCGCGCCGAGCUCAAACCAAUCCUCUUUGAAGGAUGGAUGGCCAACGACAUCGCUCCCGGCGGCCAGCUCACCACCACUUCCGACGUCGAGAACUUCCCUGGGUUCCCGGAAGGAAUCCUCGGCAUCGAAAUCACAGACCGUUUCCGUAACCAGUCUCUCCGAUUUGGCACUCAGAUUUUCACCGAAACCGUUUCGAGCGUCGAUUUCUCGGGCUCUCCUUUCAAGGUUUUCACCGAUUCUAAAGCCGUCCUAGCCGAUUCCGUCAUCGUCGCUACCGGCGCGGUUGCCAAGCGCCUUCUCUUCCCCGGCUCCGGUGAAGGAGAAGGUGGGUUCUGGAAUCGAGGAAUUUCGGCCUGUGCUGUUUGCGAUGGUGCCGCCCCGAUUUUCCGGAACAAGCCCCUUGCCGUGAUCGGAGGCGGCGAUUCCGCCAUGGAAGAAGCUAAUUUUCUUACCAAGUAUGGCUCCGAGGUUUAUAUAAUCCACAGGAGGGACACUUUCAGGGCUUCGAAGAUUAUGCAGAGCCGUGCUCUGAGCAACCCAAAGAUCAAAGUGAUAUGGAAUUCCACUGUGGUGGAAGCUUAUGGUGGAGAAAGAGGGGUUCUUGGAGGGUUGAAGGUCAAGAACGUGGUCAGUGGGGAAAUUUCUGAUUUGAGAGUUUCAGGCUUGUUCUUCGCUAUUGGGCAUGAACCGGCGACCAAAUUCCUCGGCGGCCAAUUGAAGCUUGAUUCGGAUGGUUACAUUGUGACGAAUCCGGGCACGACUCAGACCAGUGUGAAGGGAGUUUUUGCUGCUGGAGAUGUCCAGGACAAGAAGUAUAGGCAGGCUGUUACUGCUGCUGGAACUGGGUGCAUGGCAGCUUUGGAUGCUGAACAUUUCUUGCAAGAGAUUGGAUCCCAGCAGGGUAAGAGUGAUUGACUACCAAGGGUUGCCCAGGGUGUUAAGAAGUCCUCAGUUAGAAGCAAAUUUUAAUCAGCACAAGGACAAAAAAAUUUCACAUUACUCUGGGAAUCCAAUAAUAACAAUCAUUUGUUUGCAAAAGACAGUGAAAAAGAAGAUAGAUUUGAAGUAUAUGCUCUACUCUUGAUUAUUCCGCAAUCUUAUGCGGGUUUAUUUUUUAUUGAAUUGUUUCAGACUUGAUCAUUUCAAUGAUUAAAAUAGGCUUAUUUAUUUUUAA